AUGAAGAAUCAAAAUUCGAUUUCGAAACCUACUGUUAUCAUUAAACCACCACCAUCUGUAUCAGCAAUACCAUCAACAAAAAAAGACAAAUUAACAAUAGAUAAAAAAAUGGAUUCUGAAACUACUCAACAACAACAGCAAUCCAAUGAUGAUGAUGAUACUGAACAAAGUACUGAAUUGUCAUUAAAUAUUAACGAUAUCCCAGCAGUAACAGCUGAGACUCCGUCGACGCCAUUCACUGAUAAGGAGGCAAAAGAACAAGAAAUAAUUAUCUAUGAAUUCCAUUUUCCUGUUGAAUUAUGUGGUCGUCUUAUUGGUCGACAAGGUGUUCAUGUUGAUUAUAUACGACAAAUGACUCAAGUUGAUUUAGUUGUACGUGAUGAUGCUGUUUCUUUUGAAAAACAAGUUGUUGCUCUACAUGGCCGUCGUGUUGAUGUUGAACAAGCAAUUGAAUUAAUAGCUAAGCGUUUUCCGCCAGCACGUUAUCCUCAAGUUGCUUUCAAACCAAUUAAUAAAAAGAUUGUAUUACGGCAACGUCCACCUGAACGUGUAUCUAUUCCUCAAUCAAUUGCUCAACUUCAUUUACCUGAUGGAAUACCUGCAGAAGUUAUUGUUACAAGUGUUGUUUCAUGUAAUCAUAUAUUUGUUCAACAAAUUCUACAACCAUCAUAUGCUGAACUUGCUCGUCUUGAUAAUUCUAUGUCAGUUUUCUACCAUCAUACUCAAAUGACGCCGCCUUUACCUCGACCUAUUCAACCCGGUGUCAUAUGUGCAGCACCGACACAAGCCGGCUGGUUUCGAGCAUUAAUCACAGUAUAUAACAGUAAUGAUGAUAUGACUAUGAUCAAAUUUCUUGACUAUGGAGGUUAUCUUUAUGUACAUGCAAGUUCUCUACGUGUUCUUAGACAAGAUUUUAUGGUUAUUCCAUUUCAAGCAGUAGAAGUUUAUCUUGAUAAUGUAGUCCCAGCUGAUAAUCAAGAAGAUUUUACGCCUGAAUCAAUUGAAUUAGUUAAAACAACUAUUCUUGGGUCUUGUUUCAAAGCAAUGGUGACUGGAUAUCAUUAUGAUAAUACUCCAUUUAUUCAAUUAUCAAGACGCUUUGAUUUUCAACGUCUUGUAAAUAUUGAUAUACAAAAAAUGAUCAAUAAUCAUCAACAAACAUCACCUACAAGUGAUUCAACAUCACCAAUAAAUGUGAAUAAUACUUUAAUUUCAACUAUUCAACCGAUGAUCAAUCAAUUACAACAAUCCGUAUCGGAUGUUUCAACAUUAUCUUCAACAACAAAUUCGGACAGUUGA